AUGGUGUUCAAGAACAAGCUCUUCUUCUCUUCGAAGAAAUCGGACACCUCCAGCCCUGAUGGAUCGAACAACAGUCCUCGAUCCAUCGGCUCCAACUCCCCGAUCCGCUUGGAGAAGAAGAAGCCCAAGUCCUCCUCCUCCUUCUCCUCGUCUUCUAAAGACAACAGUCCGAGCUCGGGAGCCAGUGGCGGCUUCGCGGCGGCGGCGGGGGGAUGUAAGCAGGCUGACGUGAAGGAUGGGUCGAAGAAGAAGGGGAAGGAGGUGAGUGGGAAGGGGAAGGAGAGUAGCGGUGCCGCUGCAGCUGUUGUUGCGGCUCAAUUGCUACUCGGCCAGCAUCAUCAUCCAAAAUCUCAGCCUCAGACGCCGGUUAAACAAGGGCGAUUUUCUGCUUCUGUCCUGGGUUCUGCUUCGGCUUCCAAGUCGAGGAAGGGUCUGGGGGAUGGCAAGGAGGAUGCUUUGUCCGCGUCUCCCAUUUUAGCUUCUUCUUUGGGCUUGAAUAAGAUCAAGACGAGAUCAGGACCCUUGCCUCAGGAGAGUUUCUUCAGUUUCAAAGGAGAAAAGGGGUCCGGGGUACUGGGUGCCAGUAAUUUGUCGAGGCCUAGUGCUGGGAAGGGGGCUUCCUCUUCCAACGCGACCGGGUCGGUGAAGAAGGAGGACUUAUUGGGGCAGAGUAGGAUACCGGCGUUUCAGGACCGCAGUGGUAAAGCAGUUGAUCCUAGUAGCAAUUGGGAUCGACUGUCAACUGGGGAUGGCGCUCAGACCCGAGAGGUAACUCCCAAUUUGUUGAUUGGGACUCGCUUAGAGGAUGGGGAGCCCUCUAGUGAUGCAGGCCUACACGAGUCAUCCUCCGGUCAUUCUGGCAGUGUAAGAAAUUCAGAUGUUUUUACACCUGAGGAGUCUGAGUCUCCACGUUUUCAAGCUAUCCUUCGUGUCACUAGUGCACCAAGGAAGAGGUUUCCAGGUGAUAUAAAAAGUUUUUCUCAUGAACUCAAUUCCAAAGGUGUACGUCCUUUCCCUUUCUGGAAGCCUCGGGGACUAAAUAAUGUGGAGCAAAUCUUGGUUGUUAUACGGGGAAAGUUUGACAAGGCAAAGGAAGAAGUGAAUUCAGAUCUGGCUGUCUUUGCAGCUGAUCUUGUUGGAAUUCUUGAAAAGAAUGCAGAAAGUCAUCCAGAAUGGCAGGAAACUAUAGAGGACUUGUUGGUUUUGGCCAGAAGUUGUGCAAUGCAAUCACCUGGAGAGUUUUGGCUCCAAUGUGAAAGCAUAGUCCAAGAAUUGGAUGACAGACGGCAGGAACUUCCUCCUGGAACGCUGAAGCAACUUCAUACUAAGAUGCUUUUCAUUCUUACAAGGUGUACAAGGCUGUUGCAGUUUCACAAAGAAAGUGGGUUGGCUGAGAAUGAAAACAUCUUUCAACUUCGUCAAUCUAGGGUCUUGCACUCAGCAGAGAAACGCAUUCCUCCAGGUCUUGGAAGGGGUAUGAAAAGCUCUACGGCUUCAGAAGGGCCUUCAGUGACGAAGUCGUAUAGUCAAGAACAGCAUAAGCUAGUUUGGAACCGAGAGCCACUAGUGCUGUCUGGAAACUUACUCUCUCCUACUGAUGGCUCCAAAGGUGUUGAGUCUCCUGGAGGUCGAGAUAGAAUGGCUUCCUGGAAGAAGCUUCCAUCUCCUGCUGCAAAAGGUCCUAAGGAUCUCCCUUCUCCUAAGGAUCAGAUUGAUGUUGGGAUUGAUCUUUUGAAAGUGUCAAGCAGCAGCAAAAAGGUUUCUGACAUGGAUGUGGCUGUAGCUAAGCCUCCUGAGGUUCCCUCUGUAAAAGAUCCACCUCAACAUUCUACGAAACACCAACAUAAAGUUUCCUGGGGAUACUGGGGCGACCAAAAUCCAUCUGAUGAAAAUUCAAUUAUUUGUCGAAUUUGUGAGGAAGAGGUUCAAACUACACAUGUUGAAGACCAUUCAAGAAUUUGCGCAAUUGCAGAUCGGUGUGAUCAGAAAGGUCUAGGUGUGAAUGAGCGUCUUUUAAGAAUCUCAGAAACUCUUGAGAAAAUGAUGGAGUCUUUUGCUCAGAAGGAUAUCCAGCCUGCUCUUGGAAGCCCUGAUGCAGCAAAGGUAUCUAAUAACAGUGUGACUGAAGAAUCUGAUGUUCCAUCCCCCAAACUAAGUGAUUGGUCUAGAAGAGGAUCCGAAGACAUGCUUGACUGUUUUCCCGAAUCCGAUAACUCAGUGUUAAUGGAUGACAUGAAGGGGUUGCCAUCCAUGUCAUGCAGAACACGUUUUGGUCCAAAAUCUGAUCAGGGGAUGGCUACUUCAUCAGCUGGUAGCAUGACGCCUAGAUCUCCGUUAUUGACACCAAAGACCAGCCAGAUAGACUUGCUUCUUGCAGGCAAAGGUGCAUAUCCUGAGAAUGAUGACCUGCCACAGAUGAAUGAAUUAGCUGAUAUUGCAAGAUGUGUAUCAACCACACCUUUGGAGGAUGAACGUUCCAUGCCCUAUUUAUUAUCGUGCCUUGAGGACCUGAGGGUUGUUAUUGAUCGAAGAAAGUUUAAUGCUCUUACUGUGGAAACUUUUGGGGCACGGAUUGAGAAACUUAUCCGAGAGAAGUAUUUGCAGCUUUGCGAGCUGGUGGAAGAUGAGAAGGUCGAUUUAGGCAGCACUGUAAUUGAUGAAGAUGCCCCCUUGGAGGAUGAUGUAGUUCGGAGUCUGAGAACCAGCCCCGUACACUCUUCAAAGGACCGCACCUCUAUAGAUGAUUUUGAGAUCAUUAAACCAAUUAGCCGUGGGGCAUUUGGACGGGUUUUCCUUGCUAAGAAGAGAACAACGGGAGAUCUUUUCGCAAUAAAGGUCUUAAAAAAGGCUGAUAUGAUCCGCAAGAAUGCCGUUGAGAGCAUACUAGCAGAACGUGAUAUUCUUAUUUCAGUGCGCAAUCCGUUUGUGGUUCGGUUCUUUUAUUCGUUUACUUGCCGUGAGAACUUGUACCUUGUGAUGGAGUAUUUGAAUGGCGGUGAUUUAUAUUCGUUACUGCGAAAUUUGGGCUGCUUAGAUGAAGAUGUCGCUCGUGUAUAUAUUGCUGAAGUUGUACUUGCUUUGGAAUAUCUACACUCAUUGCGUGUGGUUCAUCGUGAUCUGAAGCCUGAUAAUUUACUCAUCGCACAUGAUGGCCAUAUCAAGUUGACAGAUUUUGGGCUUUCCAAGGUUGGGCUGAUCAACAGCACUGAUGACUUGUCUGGUCCAGCAGCUAGUGGAACGUCAAUGCUUGUGGAUGAUGAACCAGAAUUACCAAGUUUGGAUCAACAAGAAAGGAGAAAGAAGCGUUCUGCUGUGGGUACACCUGACUAUUUGGCACCAGAGAUUCUUCUGGGAACAGGACAUGGCUUUACUGCUGAUUGGUGGUCUGUUGGUGUCAUUUUGUUUGAACUCAUCGUUGGUCUUCCUCCCUUCAACGCAGAGCAUCCUCAGAUAAUUUUUGAUAAUAUUCUCAAUCGGAAGAUACCAUGGCCUGAGGUACCUGAUGAAAUGAGCCCUGAAGCUGAAGAUAUAAUUGACAGAUUAUUAACUGAAGAUCCUCAUAUGAGACUUGGUGCAAGGGGAGCAUCUGAGGUAAAGCAACAUCCAUUCUUUAAAGAUAUCAACUGGGACACACUGGCAAGGCAGAAGGCCGCAUUUGUUCCCAGUUCGGAUAGUGCUCUUGAUACAAGUUACUUCACUAGUCGGUACACUUGGAAUACUUCAGAUGACAAUGCAUAUCCCGGUAGUGACUUUGAAGAUUCAAGUGAUGCUGACAGCUUAAGUGGCAGUAGCAGUUGUUUGAGCAAUCGUCAAGAAGAAGUGGGAGACGAAUGUCUGGGCCUUGCAGAGUUCGAUUCUAGUUCCAACAUCAAUGUCAAUUACUCAUUUAGUAAUUUCUCAUUCAAGAAUCUGUCUCAGCUGGCAUCAAUCAACUAUGAUCUUCUAUCAAAGGGUUGGAAGGAUGACCCUCCUACAAGCUCAUGA